AUGGCUAACAGCAUUACUGUGUACGUGCUGGGGAGCUUUUUUCUAUACUGUGUUAUCGUAUACAUCAGAAGAGCCUUGCAGCCGGGGUUGAGGUUGGUGCCUGGACCGUUUCUGGCGCGCUUCUCCGGCCUGUACAGGCUCUACAUGUCAUGUUCUGGCGAAGGGCCGCGCAUCUAUCGCUCGCUGCAUGAGAAGCAUGGCAAGUUAGUGCGCGUCGGCUGGAACCACGUUUCGGUGUCCGACCCGACCAUGAUCCCCAUAAUUUACGGCGCCGGCAGCAAAUACAUGAAGGUGAGCAAUAGCCCUCCGACGAAUCGUGACCGGCCGUGGGAUGAAGAGAAGCUAACGACGGCGUAG